AUGCUCAAAAGCAGGCGACGAGCUGUGAUGCAGUGCGCGCGCGACGAUGUGGAAUUCUUAACCACUGUGGUGCCGAAAAAUUCAUUCAUCAUCUAUUCAAAUGAAAGCCCAAAGGCCCCGGCAAUAGUACCAAUUAUCCUGAAAAUCCAUAUUGUUAUCCUAGGAGCAUGGUCGCCGUCCUAUCCCAGAGCGGGAUUUAAACAAUGUAAACCAGGAACUGCCCCAUCCACACAUAAAUGCCGAAACAUGGACUUCACAGCAAGAUAUUCACAUACUGUAGUAAUGGGCUAUAAUGAUACGGAAAGAAUUCGGCGUGUUUCGUCCAUAUUUUGCAAACAGACUAUAUCCUUCCUCCUGGCAACUUUCACCAGCACCAGUACACUGAUCUUUAGGUUGAAGGCCUCGAAUUGUUAUGAUUACGAAGCCGAAACCUUUCCAGAGUGCCCCUCUUUUACGGCAUUCAUGGAAGGCUUACGAUCAAUCAUCAGGCCGCUAAUUGUUAUUACUAUACAAAACUGGAAUGUUCCUGACAUCGCAGCUUUACUGUUUCCAACUGCCGAGCCGUCACAGGUCAAAUUCUUCAUUAAUUCUUCUGAGUGUAUUGGGAAUAUCCUAUCCAAUCCAGAAGCUCUUGAAUUGCUCAGCGAAGGGGCUCUAGUAUUUUAUGGUUUCUAG